GCGACCUGGUGCCUGUGGUUUGUUUUGAUUUGUGGGUUGUGAGUGUGGGCUAUGGCGAGCAAUGCAUUGAGCGCGGCGAGCGUGGAGGCCGCGUCGCAAGGGCUCAAGGAGCUGGAUCGAUUGAGGAGAGAACAAGAUGGUCUGAUCAAGAAGAUCAAUAAGAUCCACGCCAAGCUCGCAGAGACCCAACCAGAGCAAGCCGAGAAGUUCGAAGAUAAGUUCUGGAGCAAGCUACGGGAUUUGUAUAGUCAAGCUAAAGCACUUGCGGACGCCGAAGAAAGUGCGUCAAAUGCUUGUCUUAGUAAUCUGGACGCUCUCUCGAUACCUUCACAAGCUGCUGCUGCUCAUCGACGUAAAACUGAGACUGGCGAUCAAAAGCGGAAGAGAGCCAAGGCCGAUGCAGACUCUUCCAGGCUGAAUCCGAACGUUUCUCGGUCGGCUGAUUCAAUUGGUAAAGCUGUUGGAGACCAGGUCGCCGCGCGGAUUACUCCUGAAGAUUCAGAGAAGAGCGAGUGGAUUGUCGUCAAGGUGACCCGCUUUGAUCGCGAAACAAACAAGUUAAGUCACUCUUUUUGCUCGUCUUUUUUCACAGUGCUUUGUCUCUCCAGAUAUGAAGUGAUAGACGAAGAGCCUGGGGACGAAGAAGAAAAUGGUGGAACCGGUGGACCGAGGAAGUACAAGUUAUCUCCCUCCGCAAUCAUCCAAUUCCCAAAACCAGCGACAGCGCUGGAUUUUCCAACGGGAUCUCAAGUUCUUGCGGUGUAUCCAGGCACCACCGCACUGUACAAAGCUACUGUCGUCGGUCCUCAUAGAAAAAAAAAAACGGACGACUAUAUUCUAGAAUUCGAUGACGACGACGAGGAUGGAUUUCUACCAAAGCGAACAGUGCCAUUUUACCACGUUGUCACUCUUCCGGAGGGGCACCGCCAGUAAAUCAACAACAGCCAGUAGCAUUGUCGCUGUUGAUCAGCUGUACCAUGUCGCCUGUAACAGUAACAUACGAGAAGAAGCUCAACCGGCCAGCAAACAUGGUAGAGCAAGUUCACCAUAGCAUUGCUGGUAAGAGUUGCAAUGCUCAUCCAGAAUUUGUACCAUCGGGGAUAAGUCCUCUCUAAAUCUUUGAAAAACCGGUGCCUCCUAAUAUCUAUUACAUCCGAUUCUAAUCUCUAA